AACACACACUCACCCCUUGUCAACCAAAAUAAGGGGAGCUUACGAAUGGGCGGAAAUCCACGCAGGAGCGCUGGGCUGGCUCGCCCGCUCGGGGGGGGGGGGGGGGGGACGACAGACGGACACGAGAGCUUGCGCUGCGCGCUGCGCGUUCAACCGACGGGACUACUGCUGCUGAUGCACGCGGUGGCGAUUCCGCGCGGUGAUCGAGAAGCGAUAGAGAGAGAUAGAGAGAUUAGUUUGGUCAGGUCCAUCGGUGUCGCUGUGUUGGGAGCGAGCGAGCGAGGGAGCGAGUGAGUGAGUGAGCGCCCGGCCUGCCCCUUGCUAUGGUAUGGUGAGCGCAGCGAUGGCCAGCCCAGCGCAGCUCAGAAUACUCGCGGAUUCGGCGGUGGACGCGUCCUCCACCUCCUCCUCCUUCACGCACUCGACGCCCAACCUCAAGAGCGGGUCAUGCGAGACCCUGAGCGUGCACAGCACGACCAGCGGCGCGGGCGGCGUGACCCUGCGCCAGCCGGCCAAGAACCGUGCCCGCAACCGCUACAGCAAGCGCUUCUCUCAGGUGUUCGGCCGCGGCGGUGCCGGUGCCGGCGCGGGCGGUCAGGCCACACCGCCGCCGCCACCGCGUGGCUCCAUCGCAGCCGACGUGGGCGGGCGGCACGCGGAGGACCCCACGGAGCUGUCCACCCAGGUGACGGCGCCCGGCGUGCUCAAGAUCUUCGGCGGGGAGAUCUCGGCGGGAGCCAACUACAAGAGCGUGCUCGCCACUCCCGCGUCGUCGGCGCAGGAGCUCGUGAAGGAGGCGCUGGAGCGCUACGGGCUGGAGCGCUCGCUGGCGGGCGACUACGUGCUCUGCGAGGCGGUGGGACGCACGACCGCCGGCGCAGAUGGCGGCGGCGGCGGCGGCGACGGCGCCGCGGCGACCGGGGAGGCAUCGACGGGGGCCCCCGGCGGCGAGCCCUGGAGUGCCGAGUGCCUGCGCGCCAUCGCCGACUACGAGAAGCCGCUGCUCCUCCAGGCCCUGUGGAAGCCACGGGAGGGAUACUCGCGGAGGCUCGAGCUGCGGCCUCGUGCCAAGGUGGAGGAGUCAGCGGGUGAGCGAGACACCCUGACGGCCGGCAUCAACGCGCAGGCGCGGCGGCUGCAGAUGAGCCGCUCGCGCGUCUCCACCGUGAUGAGCGCGUCGCCCCAGCUGGGCCCGCCCGCGGUGCCCAACGGCGGCUACGCCGAGUGGAUCGCGUCGGCCAGCGACCUGCGGCGCACCGUCAGCGACAUGCACAUCCCGCAGCGGACGCUCUGCGGCGGCGGCGGCGGCGGCGACGGGGGCGGCGACGGGGGGAGCCCCGCGCCUCCCGCCGCCAGGGCGGCGCCGACGUCGCGGCCGUGCCGCGCGCUGGCGCCCAUCGAGGGCGACUACGACCUGUGCACGGGGCCGGCGCUGCCGCUGCGCGGGAGGCCGCUGGGCGACGACCCGGGGCGCUACGCCGCCGUGCGCCCGCCGGCGGACACGCCGUACCUGCUGCUGCUGCAGGGCUGCGACGGAGCGCAGGACCUGCGGGUGUACCUCCUCGACGGCGCGCGCCAUUCCAUCGGGAGGGGCGCCGCCUCCGACCGGCCUCAGGACUCCGGCGACGACCGCCCGGACAUCUUGCUGUGGGCGCCCGACAUCCUGCCGCGGCACUGCCGCAUCUCGCGCUCCGACCCGCAGCCGCAGAGCCCGGCGGCGGCGGCGCCGGCGGCGCCGGCGACGGAGGCCGCCGGCGCCCGGCCGCCGCCGCGGCGGCGGAGGGCGCCGCUCGUGCUGCGCCCGUUCCGCGGCGCCGCCGUGACGCGCAACGGCGUCCGCCUCGAGCGGCCCGCCGAGCUCCGGCGGGGCGACGUCGUGGCGCUGGGCGAGCGCUACCUCUUCCUGUUCGAGGACCCCGCCGAGCCGGGCCACCUUCCGUCCGCCGGCAAGCUCUCGUCGCCCGGCGGCGCCUGCAAGCUGUGCGGCGCGUCGGCCCGCGGCGGCGGCGGCGGCGGCGGCGGCCGCCCGGCGGCUCGCGUCCACUCGGACGCCAACUCCGAGCUCCGCUCGGCGAUGUCGCUGGAGUACGACCCGGCGCUGGAGGACGUCCUGCUCGACGAGAUCGUCGGCCUGGUGUCGCCCGGCAGCGAUGGCUACCAGCUCACGCCCGCGUACCUCUUCUGCCUGUGCGUCCAGCAUUCGGCGUUCAACUUCCGACCGGCGGACUUUCGGCGCCUGCUGCUUAAGGUGGCCAACCUGCUGCAGACCAUCGCCUGGGAGAAGACCAAAGAGCUCGCCGAGAAGCAGCCGGAACAGCGGGAGCGGAGCGGAGGGGACGCCGGCGGCGGCGGGGACGGGGACGCCGGCGGCGGCGGGGACGGGGACGCCGGCGCGGGCGACGCCGAGCUGGUGCGGGAGCUGCGGCCGAUCGCCUUCUGGAUGUCCAACGCCGUGGAGCUGCUCCACUUCCUCCGCCAGAGAGUUCCCGAGCUGGCGCGCGACGCCGACGACGCCAACGGCCACGAUUCCCAGGAUCCUUCGCUCUCGGCCGCCCUCUCGGCCAGCGAGGAGGCCACGUCGGUGAUGGAGGAGGUGGUGAUGUACACCUUCCAGCAGACGGUCUACUACAUCACAAAGGCUCUGUACGCGGCGCUGCCGGGCCUCUUGGACAGCAACCCAUUCGCGUGCGGGCACGACGCGGCCACCGCCGUCGACGGGCACCUGCGGCUGUCGGCCGGCGUGCGCCGCGUCGUCGCCAUCUACACGGCGACGCGGGAGCUGCUGGCGGCCUGCGCCGUGCACGCGGACGUCGCUGCACAGCUCUUCUCCUACCUGUUCUUCUUCUCCAACGCGUCGCUCUUCAACACGCUCAUGGAGCGAGGCUGCGGGGGCGGGUUCUACCACUGGUCACGGGGGGUGCAGCUGCGCGCCAACCUGGACCUGCUGCUCGAGUGGCUGCAGGAGCAGGGGCUGGGCGAGCUAGCCACGCAGUACUUCCACAAGCUUUCGAGCACCGCCGACCUGCUGGCCACGCCGAAGCUCAACCUCCUGCAGGCAAGCUGGCGGUCCCUGCGCUCCGACUUCCCGGCACUCAACACGGCCCAGCUGCACCACCUGCUGCGCGAGUACCAGCUGGGCGCCGGCAAGAGCCACCCGGCCACGUGGCAGCCGGACCCGGACGACAGCCAGUCGGCGCUCCGCACCGACGUGCUGGAGAGCUUCGAGAACCACCCGCCACUCGUGCUGCCGAGCACGGGGUUCCGCGUGGACCCCGAGGGCCCGGCGCCCAGCCUGGACUUUGCCCACAACCUCCGGCAGCUACGGCAGAUGCUGCGCAAGCUCAGCGGCCUCGGGGAGGGUGCCGUGGCGCCGGCAGCAUCGGUAGCCGAGCCAGGCACCGCCGACGGGGAAGAGGGAAGAGGGGUGGCCGCGUCGGCCGGAGAGGCGGAAAACCACGGCGAGGAGGAGCGGGCGAGGAGCCGCACGGCGGAGCAGCUCUCCGCUCCGCCACAGGACCGCGGCGCGAGCACCGGCUGCGAGAACGGUCAUGCCCUGGGAUCCGGCGGAGGGGGUGGUGGCCGUGGUGGAGUGGAGGGCAACCCGGGCCGGGAGGGGAGCCCCACCAAGACCGGUGGGGCAGCAGCGACGACGACGACGCAGGACGCGGUCCACAGACGGAGCUCCGCGACGUCCCGGGUCAAGACGGAGGUUCUCAACUUGGAAAUCGGCCAGAGGAGGAGGUCAAUGACGGGGCCAACGACGGCGGCGAAGGCCGGCUCGAACGCGGAGCUGGGCCAGAGGCGGAGCUCCGCGUCUUCGCGGGUCCGCUCCGAGGUCCUUGGCGUGGAGCUGGGCCUGAAGGAACGCGGCGGCGGCAGCGAGGGAGCCGUCGUGGGAGAGGGCCCCGACGCGGAGGCGGGCCCCCGGCGGAGCUCCGCUUCCAGGGUUAAGACGGACGUUCUCAAUGUGGAGCUGGGGUCAAACAGUAGGAGCCUCAGCGCCGCGAGGAAGGGCUCCGGCGGAGAGGUGGGCCAGGCACGGAGCUCCACCGUGGGGACACACGGCGGGGACGUGCUGAGCUUGCGCCAGGCAGAGCUCACGCAGAGACUCCAGCACUUGGAGAUACAGAGCAUGAUGCGCAAGGAGGCGCCGUCCGCACCGCCGGUGCCCAAGAGCCUCCCGCUGGACCCCUCGUGCCUCAUGACGCCGCCCAACACGCCGCUCGGCAACCCCAAGCCGCCGGGGCACGACCCCGCGGCGGCGCACAGGGUCGCCCUCGCCUCCUACUCCACCACGGAGGGCGAGUACGAGACCGUGGAGCUUCCCAUGACCGCCGCCACCACCGCCGCCACCGCCGCCGCCGCCGCCGCCACCGCCGCCGCCGCGCUAGCGGCUCGCGGGCGUGAACUUACGCCUCUGGCGCUCAUCCUCCCGGGGGGCUCCGUGGACCGGGCGCAGCGACCGACCGGGGAACUGAGCGAGCGAGAGAGCUGGGUGAGCGGCGCUUCGCUCCGGCGGCGCUUCGCUCCGGCGGCGCUUCGCUCCGGCGGCGCUUCGCUCCGGCGGCGCUUCGCUCCCAUGGCGGUGCUUCGCUUCGGCGGCGCUUCGCUCCAACAGCGCUUCGCUCCAGCGGUGCUUCGUUCCAAUGGCGCUUCGUUCCAACGGCGCUUCGCUCCCAUGGCGCUUCGCUCCAACAGCGCUUCGCUCCGACGGCGCUUCGCUCCCGUGGCGCUUCGCUCCAGCGGCGCUUCACUCCGGCGGCGCUUCGCUCCCAUGGCGCUUCGCUUCGGCGGCGCUUCGCUCCAACAGCGCUUCGCUCCCACGGUGCUUCGUUCCAAUGGCGCUUCGCUCCAACGGCGCUUCGCUCCGACGGCGCUUCGCUCCCGUGGCGCUUCGCUCCGACGGCGCUUCGCUCCAAUGGCGCUUCGCUCCAGCGGCGCUUCGCUCCAGCGGCGCUUCGCUCCAACGGCGCUUCGCUCCAACGGCGCUUCGCUCCAACGGCGCUUCGCUCCAGUGUUGCUUCGUUCCGGCGGCGGCGGCCGCUCCUCCACCCUUCAAAAGCCACCAACUCGCCCCGGAAACAGCAGCAGCAGCAACAGCAACAGCGCCCCCUGCUGCGAGAACCUGGCAGGACCCCCACCACCCGCGCGACGCUUUUUUUUCCCCGCAUCGGCGCGCGAACUCUCGGGGGGGGCGGGGGGGGGGGGGGGCGCCGAUCUCGCUCCGCCGAGUCGCCGGGGAUCGAGGGGCGCCCCGUCGGUUCCCCGCGUUGACUCCCGGCGCCGUCUGCCAGGCGGCGGCUGCGACGGCGCCAAGGGCACGGAGGUCACCACCGCCUCGCCGGCCGUGCGGUCUCACGACGAGGAGGAGGAGGAGGGCGAUGACGAGGUGUUCGUGGUGGAGCUCAGCAAAGGCCAGAAGGGGCUUGGGAUGGGACUCAUCGACGGCAUGUACACGCGCCUGCGCGUGCCGGGGAUCUACAUCAAGACGCUGGUGCCCGACACCCCCGCGGCACGAUGCAGGCGGCUCAGCGCCGGCGACAGGAUCCUGGCCGUCAACGGCACCACCCUGGCCGGCGUGGACUACCAGAGCGCCAUGGACAUGAUCCGGUCGAGCGGAGACGGCGUGCGUCUGCUGAUCGCCAAGGUGGAGAAGAAGCAGAAGCAGAGCACGCGACUUUAGACGCCGGCCGCGCGACCGCGUCCGCUCGCACGCCUCCCGUCGUCUUCGUCGGCGGCGGCGGCGGCCGCGGUCAAUCUCGAUCCACUGCUGGAUGAAGGCCCCCCCAAUAAUGCCUUUCUGAUGGAGAAAGGCAUCGCUGGGAGGGAGGUGGUGGGCGAGGGGAGAAAUCCCGAGUCCUGCACACUGAGUAUCCGUCGUUGUUUUAGCGCGCGCGAAUGAGGAGGAUGGCUUCGCUUUAAAGCAAUAUUGAUUUUGUAUCUCGUUUCGCAGUUGCCCACUGAGAAUCGCACCACACAUACGCAGGGUGCUUUCACGAAAAAUCGUUCAACACUUCGGAGAAUCUGCACAAUUCCGUGAGAAAUGUCUGCUUGCCUGGAGAGCACCUGGAGACGGUUCCGGGCACGCGUUGACGAUGACGGCGAACAAGCGGGAGACUCUUUGACUCUGUGGCGCUAUUAACAUCACAUUUGUUCUCGUGUUACAUUGUAUUGUCCGUUCUUGUUCCAUUUCAAAACGAUAGUCACAUGUAAGUGUUAACAUUUUUUUGAAGCGCCCUGCGUGCGCGUGUGUGUGUGUGCGUGUAUGUAUCCGGCGCGUUACUGUCCCUGAUUCGGCGACCCAAACGGUCGCAGGGCAGUUCGCCCGCGACUCAUCGUCGACACUUUUACGGGAGGCCCGCGGGUCGCCGGCCGGCGAAGAGAACGGUGGCCAGACGAUGGCCACCUGGUAAUGUUUUAUAAGUUCAACCUCUUUCACGCCGUAUGUAGCCAACCAUGUUAAUCCCAGGUGCGGGGGAAUGGAAAGAUUGUACGCACGUUUCUCGAACUUCUUUCGCACCGUACAUAGCCAACCAUGCUAAUCCGAGGUGCCGGGGAAGGAAAGAUUCUAUGUAUGUACGUUGAACUUCUUUCGCACCGUACGUAGCCAACCGUGUUAAUCGGAGGUGCAGUGGUAUGGGCAAAUUCGCCCGAUGAAGCUGGUUGUUGUGAUCGCCAGCGAAACGUCGUUAGGCUCAAAUUGUAAACGCCGUGGGUUUACUCUCCAAACACACAACCGGCGUGUGCUGACGCUAGUGACGAAUUGGCACGUUCUGUUUACGUGACACAAACCUCGCUGAUUGGCCGCGUCGGGUGACGGCGGCGGCGGCGGCGUUGAAAACCCGCCGCACGUUGACAUUUACGCGCUCGAACCAACAACAACAAUAGCAAAAACUAACCACCCUCCAUCGUGAUUAACAUUGGUCGCGCGAGCAGGACGACUCACUACUGCUACGACGACUACGCGUUGGACUGGGGCGGCGAUUGGAAUAUUGGGGGGGGGGGGAUUUUUUUUUUAUUAAAUAAAGAUGACGAAAAAUAAAUUGGGAGAUGCCGAGCGAGGAGAGACGCGGUCGGACUCUCUGGUGGCCAUGCGGCCGCCCCCCCCCCCCGCUGACCCCCCUCGGGCGCAGGCAGCACGAGGGGCGUUUUGGGGGGGGGGGGGGGUGGGGGUUGUGGGGUGGGGGGCUCGAUACGCGCCGUCGCCGCUCUACGUUCGCAUUCUUCGCUAAUUUUUCCGGCCAGGGGAUCUGUUAGGGGGGCACUGCCAAUGUGUCACCACCAGUGUGUGAGGGGCCACCACGCAUUAGGAAAUCCGUCGGGGUGCGGGCGGGCGGGG